AUGAGCGAGGAUCCGCGGGCCGAACUGACGCGGGAGGAGCGUGAGCACGAGGAGGCUGAGAGGGAGCUUGGCGACGGGCCGGCGUAUGACGACGGGCAGUGGCACCGCGAUGAGCAGGCGCACGGCGAGGAAACGGAGCGCAGGGACGAGCCUGAAUACGGCGACGAGCAGGAUAGCGACGGCGAGCAGGAGCACGGCGGGGAGCAAGAGCGCGAUGAAGGGCAGGAGGCCGACGGCGAGCGGGCGCACGGCGGGGAACAGGAGCACCACGACCCGCGGUGGGACGGCGGCGAGCAGACGCACGCGGGACCCCACGUCCCAGGCGGAGUCAAGGAAGGAGAGCGCGCGCCCGGUGCGACACACGCCGGCACCACAGAGACAACGACAGAGGAGGAAGGAGAGGCGCAGGAGAGGGGGUCACGUGCGACGGGCCCCAACCGUCGGGAAGGACAGCCUGCCCGCGGUGCACCGCAGCCGGAAGGCCAGGCUUGGGAGGGAGGGACACGCACGAUGCCGACACCGGGAAUGCGCGGACGAAGCGAGGCAGGGGACAGACACGCAACGGGAGUCCAGCGUCGGCAGGCGGAGGCGAGCGACGGCGGCUCGCGCUCGUCAAGGGAACCGCCGCCAAGGGCCGAACGGUAUGGGGGCGCGGAAGGAAGACGGGGAGGAGCGGAGGAGAGCACGGUUCGCUCUGGGGCGCCACCGCGGGCGCUGGGAGGAGGCCAUGGGGGGGAGCAUCACUCGCCAGAAACGCGGCGGUGUAGGGAGGGGCGGCGGAUGGAGGGGUCACGUUCACCGCACAGGCGGCAACAGUGGGGGGGGGGGGGGGACCAGAGGAGAAUCGCGGUCGCCCGACCGGCGCCGUUGGCGGGAGGAAGGGCGGGAGGAAGCAGGACGCGCGUCGCCAGGCACACGGCUGCAGGAGAGAAGGGAGUGGUCGCCACCCCCAGCGAGACAUCAGCCACGUGA